AGAUUUUAAUGACCAGCAGAGAUUCAAAUAGCUCUUCGACAAGCACAAAGGAAGUUCCAGAUGACGACUACGAAAAAGGCAAGAAGAUAUUCAAAAAGAGGUGUGCCAGAUGUCACACGAUCACUCAGACCCGCUCGCAUGUUGGUCCGCCUCUGAACGGUGUCAUGGGUCGGUUAGCCGGUACCGUCCCCGGUUACCCGUAUUCACAAAGCAUUCGCCGCUAUGCCGUGGUGUGGAACAAAGAAACGCUGGACGAAUAUCUGGCCAACCCACGGAAGUAUAUCCCAGGCACGAAGAUGUGGUUCGGAGGAGUCAGAAGGGCACUCGAACGUGCUUAUCUCAUCAAGUUUAUUGAAGUCGAAAGCGCAAAGACACCCAUAUGACUUAGUAUUGAUAGAUCAUAAUGUUAUACCAUAUUUACUUUCCGAUAGACAUAACGCAUUAAUCUGCAAUACGCAUGAC